AAGGCGAAAAAGAAGCAGAUGGCAAAUUUCCAAAAUAGAAAGAAUACAAACUCAAAGGGGAUAAACAGAUAGCUCCGUGACAUGAAAACUAAAGGGACCAAUCACCAGCACAGGUUCUUAGUGGACGAACAAACAAAGACCAAACGAAUCCAAACGGAAACGAUUCAAUUCAUGCUUUGAUAUCAUCAUUUUUUUUUCUCACAGAUAUUCUUCGCAACAAUAAUGAAGCAAUUAUCCAAAUCGAUUUCCAGUCCCAGUCGAACCGACCUGUUUCCGCCGCCAUUGAUGAGCUUCCUUAGAGCCGAUGCCGGAAAUCGUAGUAAAAGCAGCCGGUCUCGCUCCAGUCCGAUCUUCGUCAGGAAGAAGAACGUCGCCAUUGAAACUGAAGAACCGUCCUCUCCGAAGGUUACUUGUAUGGGACAAGUUCGCACCAAUAAACGCUCUUCUAAUAAAACUCCCGCCGUUCGUUGCCGGUGGAUUAGAAGCGUCCUCUCUUUCAAUCGACGCCACUGUCGAACGUUCUGGAACAGGUCGGCGAUGCUCUUCCGUGGAAAACGUGAAAUUAGACGGAUCUCUGAAUCUCGCGUCGGAAACGAAGCGGAAGAUUCGGAGAAAGAUGAAGAGGACGACGACGGAAGAGAUAGAGAUGCGGUUUAUGCGUCGUCUUCGGUGCCAUCGCCGCCGAAAAACGCUCUCAUUCUGACGAGAUGUAGAUCUACGCCAAAUCGUUCGUCGUUUAACGGUAAUCGGUACAGGAGUUCGUCGAUUACAAGCGACGGAAGUACUGUCGAAGAAGAAGAGAAAACAGAGCGCGGUUUUGGAAACAACACGGCUUCCAAAAUAGAGUCACGAAACUCGGAACGAUUAUUGAAGAAACUGGAAAGUUCAAAGGGAGAUGGAGAUUGUAAGUCUGUAAAUGGCAAUCGGAACCUGAUUCUGACGAGAUGUAAAUCGGAACCUGCGAGAAUUGCGGAGAAACUUUACGGAGAAUUGAAUCUUCAGGAAGAAGAAAGGUGGGUUAUGAAUAAGAAAAAUUCUUACAUACUGAAUAACUUGUGAUUACACGAUUGAAUAUCUUCGGGUUUAUAGAUUUGCUCCAUGAAUUAUGAGAAAACGCAAGGUUUGGCUAUGAAUUUUGUUUUUGUUAGACUGAAUUUGGCGGGUGCAGAAAUGGAGAUUUUGGAUGAGGCGGCUAAAUGGAAGAACAGUGAAAGUCAGUUGAGCUUUAAUUAUUAGUGCAUUAGAUUGUAAAUUAGUCGAGGUUACAAACUAAGCUUAUUGAUAUCUACUAUUGGCUUAACUAUACUUAUGACUUACUAAUUAAUAUCUAAGUUCAUGUUUACUUUGUAAACCUACUACAUCGAUGGUAAUUUAAAAAAGAAGUAGAUUCUAUUUAAUUA